CUCUUCCGGAAGCGUGUCGGUGCGAUCCUUCGUUCUCUCCUCUCAUUCUCUGCCUAUAAUUGCAGUUGUUUCCUCCAUUCUCAUGCCUCAUUCUCACUCAACCACCGAUCUCAUCUGCAGCUUUCGACCCAGUUUCUAGACCAUUGUGGUUGCAUUGCCCGUGUGCUCUUCAAGGACAUAGCAAUAUGCCAUAUCAGUGGAAUGCAGAGCGGGAACGCCGCAUGCUUCUUCUUGCCAUCUCUUCUGCCAACCUCAGGCCGUCUGCCGACACCUGGACCAAGGUUGCGGUUCUUCUGGGCGAGGGUCUGACUCCUUCGGCCGUGAGUCAAAAGUACUAUAAGCUCCGCAAUGAAUCAGCAAAGCUCUUCGAUGGUCAGUCGGGAUCGACACCGUCCACUCCGACAAAGCGAAAGGCUUCCGACGACGACGAAGAUGAGAAGAAGACACCUCCAUCCAAGCGAACACGAAAACCAAAAAGGGAUCCUUUGGAUGGAGUGCCGCUCUCCGAUAUCAGUGACAGCUCCAGCGAGGUGAAAGCUGAAGAUCUAGCGAUCAACACCAUUGAUCCAUUCGCCAGUUACAAUCAACAUUUCAUGCCAACCGGAUACUUCAUGCCUGUGAAUACGCCGUUCAAAGAUGAGCCCAGCGGCAGUAACAGCUUUGUGGGAUAAGCAGA